GGAAAGAACCGUAAAUAUUUUUAAAGGAAGCAAACAUACAUGAAUUUCUGCACCGUGGCCGUGGUGUUGCUGUCGCAUCGGAGAGUUUGUCAGAGAUUUCACCGAAUCCAAUAAUUUGGUAUCCACUGAGAAGUGAUGAAGCUGUUAGUUCUUGUCAAGAGGAUAUCGUGGAUGUGGUCUUCGAACUUGACAUUUCAUUUACAGUGAUAUGAAUGCGACGAGAACCUGACAGACAAGUUUUAGGACUGGGAUACUUUCCGCUGAGAUACUAAAUUUCAACCUUAUGCCAUCAGCUACAGGUGGAGUUAACCCCAUAGGCCAGAAGAAGGGAGGGGCGACUAUGCCCAGCAAUGAAGAAUGUGGAAUUCGUGAUGUUUGGGGACAUAACUUAGAGGAGGAAUUCCGUACCAUACGUCAGGUCGUGCAGCAGUACCAGUACAUAGCCAUGGACACUGAGUUUCCUGGAGUUGUCGCCCGCCCUAUAGGUGAAUUUAGGACGAGCGCCGACUACCAAUAUCAGUUGCUGCGGUGUAACGUGGAUCUCUUAAGAAUCAUUCAGCUGGGAUUGACGUUUCUAGAUGAAUCGGGUAACACACCGGGCGGUAGCUACACGACAUGGCAGUUUAACUUCAAAUUCAAUCUGCAGGAGGAUAUGUACGCGCAAGACAGUAUAGAUAUGCUACAAAACAGUGGGAUCCAGUUUAAGAAACACGAAGAGGAAGGCAUCGACCCACUGGACUUUGCGGAACUGUUGAUGACUUCUGGCGUUGUACUGGUCGACGACAUCAAAUGGCUAUCCUUUCAUUCCGGAUACGAUUUCGGUUACUUAUUGAAGCUUCUAACGGACCAAAAUUUACCCCAGGAAGAAAGUGAGUUCUUCGAACUCCUUAGGAUAUACUUUCCGACGAUUUACGACGUUAAAUACCUUAUGAAGUCCUGCAAAAAUUUGAAGGGAGGUCUACAGGAGGUUGCGGAGCAACUUGAACUGCAACGAGUGGGUCCACAACAUCAAGCUGGCUCUGAUUCGCUCCUCACUGGAAUGGUCUUUUUUAAAAUGCGAGAGAUGUUCUUCGAAGACAAUAUCGACGACGCAAAGUACUGCGGCCAUUUAUACGGCCUGGGCACGUCGUUCGUCGUAAACGGCUCUGGCGGAUACCUCGACAGUAACGGAGAUAAUUCCUCGUCCUCGUAAUGUUAAAACGAUAACCGAACGCGAUCAUAAUAGAUUAUUUCAUUACUAAAAGAAUAAACUAUUACAAAAAAAAAAAAAAAGAACAGUUUAACUCGAUGGCCAAGCACAGUUUAUGUCCACGUUGCCGCUCUGACGUUAAAUGGGGCCCGACGUUCCUGUGACACGUUCUAUUCGCAAUUUCUGCACAUUUUGUAUUCUUUAACACGCUAUGAACGGAGUUUUUCUCUCCUCUACGUUGAACGGUGUCGACGGGAGACACGAUUUGACGCGACAUAACACACGCUGUGCAUCCGCGGAUGGAAACAUGUAAAAUAGUCACUUUAUAUAUGACAAUUUGACAAUAUUGCCAUUAGAGACGGAAACGCGGUACGAAAAUGUCCCCAACACUUGUGUGUCAACGCGGCUGUAUCAAAAGCUAGGAUCGCUUCCAGGAUUAAUUAACCCAUCCAUUGCACCGUGUAAUUACCUCGUAAUGUUUCCCAAUAAGCGAGAACCUCCCUUCGGUCUGUCGGGGCGUUUUUUACGGUUACACUUUUACGUUUCACUCGCCGACACGGAGAAGGAAACGGGCGCAAUGGGGGAUAAACGAGAGGGAGAGAAAGAGCGAAAGAGAGUGUGUGAAUGUUAAGCCAGCGCAAAAACGCUUUCUUUUAAACAACGGCCACCCGGAAAUCUUGUAUUCCGAAACUCGAGGUGCCGCAUUUUUUAUUUCCGCUUAGAUGGUCGAAAGAGACAAAACCACACAAUUAUUCUGUUCUGCGUACGUCGCAUACGUUGCCCUGUAAAGUAUACAUGUAACAAUAAAUCGAAUGUUUUGGUACAUUUUCAAACAGUC